GCCGGUGUCUUAUUGAUUAGGCGCAAAUUCUUGUUUCUGUUGUUUUCAGGAUUAUGCCCAUCGUGUCUCUCAGAAGAAUAAAUGAUGGAGUUUAGAGUUUCGUUGUGAAUGGAUAAAUAUUCGCAGACCUGAGGACGGGCGCACGCGGUUAAGCCCCGUGUCACUGUCGCGUGUGCUCUGGAGCGCGCGCUAUGCUAACAGAAACACCCGGGGUUUGUGAAGAGAGCUAAAGCUACAGCAGCUUUAGCACACAGCCCGGGCCAUGGCGGGGAUACCUCAAAAUAACUUACAAGAACAACUCGCAAAACACAGCAGUGCGAACCAGAGCAAGCUGUCUUUGUCCAAACCUAAAGCGGGAAGUUUUAGUUUCAAGAAGAAGUCCUCGACAGGAACAACAAAAGUGGAAAUACCAGCAAAGAUUGAGAAGUCUCAAAAUGCCAAAAUCAACAACUUCUUUCCAAAAAGCAAGUUGGACUCCACUCCAUCACCGUUACAGCCCACUGUUCCUGUUAAAUCAAGUGACCCUCAGCCCUCACUUCUUGAUGCUUCAUUCCCGAUGGAUGACUGGGAUGAUAUUGACGAUUUUGAACCUCCUGCGAAAUCAAAGAACAGCCCUGAAGUGUCGGGACAAAAACGGCCUUCUGUUUCAGCCUUAACUGAACUGGAAAGACAGAGGUCUGUCACACCACCCGAUACGACAAAAGCCCUGAAUUCUGCUGCCAAAAUGGACGAGGAACCAGUCUCGCCAGCUCUCAGUGUUACUGAGGACCUUUUCGAUUAUGUGAUUGAUUCUCCAGUGAAAAAGACAAAACCACGUCCUGGUGUUCGUAAGCCUGUUGUGAGCGAAAGUGAAGAGGACAACGAUAAUAUGCCAGAGCCCACUGUGGCUGUAUCAGACAAUACGAGUAAACCUGCUGCAGCUAAAGUUAUCGAAGUCAUGGACGACUCUGAGACUGACGACCAUUUGGAUUACGUAGCUCCAUCUCCAAGUCCUGUGAAAAUCCUGCCUGAUGUCACGAAGACAUCUGAAAGCAGACCCAAGGAUGUUGUUAAAACUGGAUUUGAAUCAGUUCAGCCUAAAAGACAAAGUUCAGUUGUGUCAGAACCCACUGAAGACCACUCAAAAGACCAGAACGACGAGCUGUACAGUAUUAUGGAAUGCAUUUGUUCCCUGGUGGACACCAUCCCAGAGCAUGAACUCAUCGCUCUGUCCUGUGGUAAUGAGCUGCUGAUUAAGAGGGCGCUGAGGAAAAGAAUUAUUGCAACUGGAGGUGGUCGGGACACAUUUCACAGGGCCCAACAGCCAGACAGUACUGUGCUCUCUGAGUCCAGCUUCAAAGACACAUCUCCAGUCAGCAAACCUGUAAACUCUGCUCCUGUCCAGUUUAAGAGAUCAUCUGUCAUCUGCGUAGACUACGACUCUGAUCCUUCUGACACUGUUAUUGAAGCCAAACCUCCACAGAACAAAAACAAAAGACCAGCAUUUGUUGAAGAAGAAAUCAUAUGUGAUUCUCCAUCUACGUACAGGCCCUCAACGCAGACUUUCCCCAAGAAGUCCAGCAUAGAUUUAGAGAAGCCUGAUCUCUUCUUUACUCCCAAGAAGCCUUCAGGUGUCACACAGAGCAAUGGAAAAGGGACAGAGUCAGAGAUGGAUAGCUUUAUGCAUGAUGAUUUUGGAGAUGACGACUUCGACAUCGAUGAUCUGAAUGACUCGGACAUACCAGAAUAUUUUGAUGAACCACCAAGCUCCUCUGUGUCUGGCCUCAGUUCUAGACCUGUAAAUAGUAUUAAAGAGGGCAGUGCAAGCAAGGCCUCAUGGGACAAAAAAGCCCCCACACCAACUCCACCACCGAAGCAGGCUAAAAUAUUUUCUCCAGAACCCGCUUUCAGAAACCCAGCCCAUGACCGGUUUAGAGGCUACAACUUCUCCCAUUCUCAAGAAAUGAUGAAAAUCUUUCACAAAAGGUUUGGGCUUCACCAGUUCAGGUUCAACCAACUGGAGUCCAUCAACGCUACUCUUCUGGGUGAAGACACUUUUAUUCUGAUGCCCACCGGUGGUGGUAAAAGUCUGUGCUAUCAGCUCCCGGCCUGUGUCUCACCAGGGGUCACAGUUGUCAUCUCCCCUCUCAAAUCUCUCAUUGUAGACCAGGUUCAGAAGUUGACAACUUUGGACAUUCCUGCCACAAGCUUAAGUGGAGACAAAAAUGAAAGUGAAGCAUCAAGGAUCUACAUGCAGCUGUCCAGAAAAGAUCCUAUUGUGAAGUUGCUUUAUGUUACUCCUGAGAAGGUCAGCGCUAGUAACAAGUUGAUUUCCACUUUUCAAAACCUUUAUGAACGAGCGCUGUUGAAUCGGUUUGUUAUUGACGAAGCUCACUGUGUCAGCCAGUGGGGCCAUGACUUCCGUCCGGAUUACAAACGGUUACAUGAGCUGCGUAUAAAAUUCCCCAACGUUCCUAUGAUGGCUCUUACAGCUACUGCCACUCCUCGAGUCCAGAAAGACAUUCUGAACCAGCUGAACAUGACCAAGCCACAAGUGUUUACGAUGAGUUUCAACCGAACCAAUCUCAAGUAUUCUGUCCUGCCCAAGAAGCCCAAAAAGGUGGAUGAAGACUGCAUAGACUGGAUCAAGAAGCAUUAUCCACGUGAUUCAGGGAUUGUGUACUGCCUGUCCCGGAAUGACUGUGACGCUCUGGCGGAGAGUUUACAGAGAGCAGGGAUCAUGGCUCUGUCGUAUCACGCAGGCCUCAGUGAUGGAGACAGAGAGUAUGUGCAAACCAAGUGGAUCAAUCAAGAUGGCUGCCAGGUCAUCUGUGCCACCAUUGCCUUCGGGAUGGGUAUCGAUAAGCCUGAUGUGCGCUACGUCAUCCAUGCCAGUCUACCCAAAUCUAUGGAGGGCUACUAUCAGGAGUCAGGAAGAGCAGGCAGAGAUGGAGAAAUUUCCCACUGUAUUCUGUUCUACUCGUAUGCUGAUGUCCACCGCAUCAAGAGGAUCAUCGGCAUGGACAGGGAAGGAGACAGACAUUCCAAGGCUACUCAUUACAACAACCUCCAGAGCAUGGUUCAGUUCUGUGAAAAUGCCAUGGAGUGCCGCAGAAUUCAGCUGUUGGCUUAUUUUGGGGAACUGAACUUCAACAGGAACUUCUGUAAAGAGCACCCCGAUGUGAGCUGUGACAACUGCACCAGACCAAAUCAAUUCAAGGUUAGAAAUGUGACUGAAGAUGUGAAGCACAUUGUGAGAUUUGUCCAGGAGAAAUGUGAAAAAGUUGGACAGAGAUACGGCAAAACCUCAGGGCAAACUCGGCUGACUCUGAACAUGCUGGUGGACAUUUUCGUAGGUGCUAAAGCUGCUAAAAUCCAGUCAGGGCUGUUUGCAAAGGGAGCAGCUUACUCCAAGCACAAUGCGGACCGUCUGUUCAAGAAACUAGUUCUAGAUAACAUCUUGGUUGAAGAUCUCUACAUCACCAACGGGGGCCAGGCUGUGGCUUAUAUAUCGGCUGGUCCGAAGGCCAUGAACGUGCUGUCCGGACACAUGCAGGUGGACUUCUAUGAGACUGAGAGUGUGUCCAGCAUGAGAAGACAGAAGGCCGCUGUGACAAAGAGUGUGUCCAAGAGAGAAGAGAUGGUGGAGCAGUGUCUGAAGGAGCUGACUGAUCUGUGCAAGGAACUGGGCAAAGCCUUCAGCAUUCACUAUUACAACAUCUUCUCUACAGCUGCACUCAAAAGGAUUUCUGAGAAGCUCUCCUCUGAUCCAGAAGUCCUCCUUCAGAUUGACGGUGUAACUGAAGAUAAACUGGAGAAAUAUGGAGCUGAAAUCAUUCAAGUUCUACAGAAGUACUCAGAGUGGCAGCUUCCUGCAGAGGAACAGACAAAUGCUGAUGGAGAUGGAUGGAUAGAUGCGAGUCGAGGACGCACAAACUCCAACUUUAACUAUGACGACGAUGAUCAGGACGAGGACGCAGAGUCCUCCAGUUACUUUGGUAAAAAAGCUGGGCAGGGCCAAAAGAGGAAAAAGGCUCCGUUCUUCAAAUACUCCAAGAAGCGAAAAGGAUACAACAGCUCUGGUGGAAACUCCAAAGGUCGUGGCUACAGCUACAGCAGCAGCAGCAGUAACAAGUCAUAUUCCAGCUCCAGAGGGGGGUCCCGGGCCUCGACUGGAGAAGCCGGAGUUAAAAGACCCGGCUUUUUAGCAAUCCCCACUCCACAGACUGGUGCACGACCAUUUUUAAAACCUGCAUUUUCCCGUUUCACGUAGGGUCUGUUCAAUAAUGUUCUAUUUAUGUAUAUAAUUGAGUUUGUACAUUUCAUUUAUAUUGGGUUAUUGUAUAUUUUUCUAUCUAAUAAACCAAAAUUUAAGUUUGGCA